AAAACUCCUCUUUACUGGUUUUGAUUCCGUGUGUGUGUAUCUCUCGGCGUCGUUGUAUCGGACGGGCGAAAUUAAAAAUUGAAAGGCCAAGUCCGGCGAGAGCAAGAACACAAAAUCAAAAAUCCAUCAGAACCGAUUCGAACGAUGUCGUUUGGAUCUCUCGUCCUUCCAUCUCCACCUGCUAAGCUCAAGCCUUUCAAUGGCUAUGGAAGGCUCCAUCGUCAUCUCGUGCGAGCUUCUUCUUCUGAUGUUCCCGAUUUCCUCUCUGCUGAUUGGUUGGAGAGCCGUAGGAAACGACCGUUUGGCCCGAGACUUGAUUUUAGUGCUGAAGACGCUGUUCGACAUCAGCUUGAUGCAUUGAAGUAUAAUGUCCAUCCUCGUGAUGAUUAUGGCAUCGAGGUCAUGUAUCGGUUUGCUGGAUUCGAUCCAUUCGAGAGAUCCACCUAUUUUGGUCCUUUCUUUGAUCUUGGACAGUUUGAAAGGUUUAGGCGUAUUUUUCAUCACUCGUCUUACCGUGUGUUGCUUGGCCACAAGGACAGAAAAAUCUUAAGCAGUUUGUUCGUGGAAGAGAAUCGUUUCAAGCAGAGGAUAUGGAUUCAGGGAAAUCGACCUGAGGAAGAAGAGAUAUUUGAAUUCACAAUGUUCCAGCGGAUAGGCGGUUCAUGGGAUGGUUAUUGGUUGACGGAAAGCUUGCUUCAUGACGGAGAUGUUUUUUCAGGAGGGUUGGCUUACUGAUUCAAAAGCUGAGCUUCAUCUCUUUUUUGGGUUAUCGAUUUGUUCUGUCUGAUUCUAUGCGUGGUAAUGUGUGACACUGUCAUGUAAGUUAAUGUUAAUAUUAAACACGAUUAGAAUUAGAUGUUGCUUUGUGUAGUAAACAAAACGAAUGUAGUAGCUUCUUAUGAAUGCAAGUUGUAUAUUUAUGAAAUCCAGCUUCUUAUGAUC